UAAUUAUGAACUAUGGAGAUUGAUGGCCAGAAAAUUUAUUAUGGAAAAUAAUAUUGAUUGGACAUUGAUUUGUUUAGCUAAAAUGGGUAAUGUUAGCUUAGUACGUAUAUUACGACAAGAGAUGGCAAUAAAAAAUGGUGAUGAAAAUAUUGUUAAAUUUUUAUUAAUGUUACAUUUAGAUUUAUUGGAAGAAUCGGAAGAACAAUUAGAAAAAAUUCAACCACAAACAAAAAGAUGUCGUUUAUAUUGUUUACAAGAAAAAUGGUCAAAAGCAUUUGAAUGUGCAGAUAAAAUUGAGCUAAAAAAUCUUUAUUAUCAAUAUGCAAAACAAAUGGAAAUGGAAAAUCGUCUGAUGGAUUCAAUUUUAUAUUUUGAACGUUCAGAUAAUAUUGAUGAAAUUGUUCGAAUGUUAUUUGAAAAUGGUAAUAUUAAUGAUUUAAAAAAUUAUUGUCUAAAAAAACAUAAUGGAAAAUAUGAUCGAAAAUUAGUAUCAUGGUGGGGACAAUAUUGUGAAAGUCAAAAUGAUCAUUCAACUGCAUUAGAAAUGUAUCAUAUUGCAAAUGAUUAUUAUAAUCUUGUUCGGUUAUUAUGUCAUCUUGGACAAAAAGAUAAAGCUAUUGAAUUGGUUGAUGAUUAUCUUCAACAGCAACAAUCGAAUGAUAAUGAUGGCGAUAAAACAACAACAACAACAAAAACAUCAUCAACAGCCGAAUGGACAGGUGCAAUACGUUUUCUUGGUAAACAUCUUGAAUCGAUUGAUAGUUUACAAUCAAUUGAUUAUUAUUUACAAUGUUUAGCCAUACGGCAUGCAAUACGUGUUGCAAUUACAUAUGAACAUUAUGAUAAAUUAGUUAUGAUUGCUAAUAAAUAUCUAUCGAUAAAUGAAUGUAAAAAUAUUAUAAAUAGAUAUUUUACAUUGGAAAAUGAUUUUGAAGAUAAACAGGUUAGUGAAGAAAAUAUGGCAAUGCUUUAUUAUAAAGCAAAUUUUUGUCGACAAGCAAUAUUAUUUGCAAUCAAACAUCGUUUAUGGUCAUUUCUUCGACGUAUUCUUAAUCAAGAAUUAGAAAAAGAUGAACAAAUUAAUAUUUUACAAGAUGAUAUUGAUCUAUUAAUUGAAUAUCUACGUGAAGAUAAUAGUAUUAUUGAUAUUGUAAUCGAUUUAAUAUUGAUUUCGGAUCAAAAACAAUUUGAUCAAAUCAAUUCAUUAAUUCAACAAUUUGGUAUCGAUCUAAAUGAUCAAAUAAUGGAAAAAUUAGAACAAUUUAUAACCAAACAUUCAGAUAAUCAAUCAUUAAUUGAAACAAUUGCCGAAUUAUGUUUACAAAAAGGUGAUUAUCAAUUAGCAGCAAAAUUAUAUAAUAAACUUGGUAGAAGAAUUGAUUCAAUGAAAUCAUUAAUACGUACUGGACAAUCAGAUAAAAUUAUACAAUUUGCAAAUGUUGCACGUGAUAAAAUUGUAUUUAAAUUGGCUGCAAAUUUUUUACAAACAAUUAAUUAUGAUGAUACAGAACAAGUGAUUCGUUUCUAUACAAAAGCACAUCGUAAACUACUUAAUCUUGCAAUAGCAGUUUGUAACUUACUUGUUGUUACUUUACAAUCAAUCAAUCAAAUAUUUUUCGAUGACAACUGA